GACCAAUGAAAUCGCCGCUGUAUGUUGCUCUACACUUUUCCGGCACCGCCCCUUCCUUCUCCCAGAAUUCCUGGCGUGACCCACGUUUCGUGUCUGUUUAGACUUAAAAAUGCGUUACGUGGCCGCUUACCUCCUGGCUGUGCUCGGUGGAAAAACCAGCCCCUCCGCAAAGGACAUCAAGGCCAUCUUGGGCAGCGUGGGAAUCGAGGCCGAUGACGAACGCUUAAACAAGGUCAUCAGUGAGCUCAAUGGAAAAGAUCUCAAUGAAGUCAUGAACUCAGGUCUCUCAAAGCUAGCCUCUGUACCAGCAGGUGGUGCUACAGCGGCUCCUGCUGCUGCCGCUGCUGCAGCUGCUGGGGCCGCUGGAGCUGGGGCUGCUCCUGCUGCUGCGGAAGAGAAAAAGGAAGAGAAGAAAGAGGAAUCAGAAGAGUCAGAUGAAGACAUGGGCUUUGGACUCUUUGAUUAAACUGCCUUCUCCGCGUUUAAAAGCAAUAAAAAUGUAAAAGGUUUACACAAAU